AUGGUGGGGUGGGGCUACGGCCUGCCCCUGGCGGCAGGGGCGUACGCGGUUGUUGCGUGGGUGGCCAAGCUGGUGCGCCUGCUGUGGCGGCAGCUGCCGCAAGUGCCGGAGUCGCGGCGGCAGCAGCUGCAGAAUUCGGUGGUGUGGCGGAAGGUGGGGAACGCGGGGGGGGCGUUGGGUGGGCUGGUGGGCGGUUUGUGCCCUGCCCCGGGCAAGUGGGGUGUUGAGAGUGGCGGCGUUGGCGGCCGACGAGGUGGAGCGGACGGGGAAGGAGUGGAAGGGGGCUGUGACCGGGGCUCGGGCUCGCGUGAGGGUCUGGGGCGACCUGGAGGAGACGCCGCGGGCACCAGCGCCGCUGGCAGCGGUGGUAUCGGAUGCGGCUGGGGGGGGCCGGGAGGCCGAGGAGGCGGGACCGGCGGCGGCGGCGGCGGUAUCGGCUGCGGCUGGGGGGGGCCGGGAGGCCGAGGAGGCGGGACCGGCGGCGGCGGCGGCGGUAUCGGCUGCGGCUGGGGUGGGCCGGGAGGCCGAGGAGGCGGCACCGGCGGCGGCGGCGGCGGUAUCGGCUGCGGCUGGGGGGGGGGCCGGGAGGCCGAGGAGGCGGCACCGGCGGCGGCGGCGGCGGCGGAGGACUGGGCGGGGAUGCAGGCCAGAUGGGCGGUGGCGGCGGAGGUGGCGGCGGAGGUAGCGGCGGAGGAGGCCGAGUGGGCGGCGGUGGCAGACGCCAGGGAGGCCGGGUGGGCGGCGGUGGAGUGA